AUGAACGUGCAUAACCAUCCUGCUGCUGGCCCGGACGUAACAGGACUCUUGGCUAGGAAUCUCGAUGCGGGUAAAACGUUCAAUGACAACGCCGGCCGACCCGAGGCUCUGAUUGAUCCCGAUGGCCGCGAAUUCAUCGCGCCCCUCAAGAAGAGAGUCGAAGUGCGGAAGACAUUCGUCUUUCAGUUUGGGAUGAUGACGACGUUCGCUAUUCUUGUGCACGAAAUCCCGCACGAAGUGAGCGACUUUGCAAUCCUGCUCCGAGCUGACUUCAAUCGAAUGCAAGCAGUCAAAGCUCAGCUUGUCACAGCUUCGGGAGGGAUUAUUGGUGCAGUUGUUGCUUUAUGGAUCAACAAUGAUUCCAUGCAGUCAGCCGACUGGAUUCUUGCUUUUACUGCCGGAGGAUUCAUAAAUAUCGCUCUCGCCCAAAUCCUUCCGGAGCUCAAUGAAGAAAGGGAUCGGAGGCAGAACCUCAAGCAAGUCGCUAUGAUGUUCUUGGGUCUAUUCGUUAUGAUUGCCAUCAGCAGUUUGAAAAUUAUCUGA